AUGUGUGUAAAGAAUGUGCAAUUCCAGUACCUUUCAAAUACAUGAAAAAACCAAUACUGGAGAAAAAACCUACAAAUGUAAAGAAUGUCACAAAGCCUUUAUUCGUUCCAUUUCCUUCUCAGGACAUGAAAGUACUCAUACUUGAGAGGACUCCUACCUAAGAAAUGUGGGAAUGCUAUUAUUACCACAUAGGCCUUUCUAGCAUACAUGAGAAUGCACAAUGGAAAGAAACUGUAUAAAUAUAAAGAGUGUGGGAAAGCCUUUAGUCCUCCCAGUUAAAUUUGAAGCCAUUAAAGAAGACCCAGAGGAGAGAAGCCUCUUGAAUAGAAGCAAUGUGCAGUGUUGUUGUAACUUAAUAACACUGGAUGGAAACCCUGUAAACGUGAAAAAUGGAAAAAAGUUUUCAAUUUUAACAAAUACUUGAAAACUCCCAAUGUAGGGAAAUCCUGUAAAUAUAAGUAAUUUG